ACGCAGAUAUUUAUUUACUCAGCGUAUACUUCAUUUUUCAAUUUGUCUACUCUUAUUCUCUUUACUUCCAGUACCAGCCUCUCCUCUUCCUUUCAAAAUUCGAAAGUACUCUCUGCGCUUCGCUUCCGAGGAGAUUGAAGACAAUGGAGAGAGCAACGCCGGUGAGGAAGACGCACACCUCCACUUCCGAUCUACUCACGUGGCCGGAGGGUUCUCCCGCCGCCUCUCCGGCCUCUCCCGCCGCCCGCUCCCACCAGCCGUCCGAUGGAAUCAGUAAGGUGGUGUUCGGAGGCCAGGUCACUGACGAGGAGGCUGAGAGUCUCAUGAAGAGAAAACCUUGUUCAGGGUAUAAACUAAAGGAGAUGACUGGUAGCCAUAUAUUUGCAGCUGAUGGUGAGGAUGGCGCAGUCGAAUCUGGCGCUGCUAAUUCUAAUCCCAGUAACCGAACGUCAGUGCGUGUUUAUCAGCAAACACUGAAUGGAAUCAGCCAGAUUUCAUUCAGUGCUGAAGAGAGUGUUUCUCCUAGGAAACCUACCUCUCUCCCUGAGGUGGCAAAGCAGCGUGAGUUGAGUGGGACCCUGGAAAGCGAGUCAGAUACAAAGAAGAAGCAAAUAUCAGAUGCGAAGUCUAAAGAACUCAGUGGGCAUGACAUUUUUGGUCCUCCUCCUGAAAUUCCUCCUCGAUCACUAGCUGCAGCACGGUCCUUGGAAUCAAGAGAAAGCAGGGACAUUGGGGAACCUGCACCACGAAAUGUGCGCACAUCUGUCAAAGUUUCUAAUCCUGCUGGUGGUCAAAGUAAUAUACUUUUUGGUGAGGAAGGGGUGACCAAGACAGCAAAGAAAAUCCAUGACCAGAAGUUUGCAGAGCUGACUGGCAAUGAUAUCUUCAAGGGAGAUGUUCCUCCGACAUCUGCUGAAAAAUCGCUGAGCGUAGCCAAGCUGAAGGAAAUGAGCGGAAGCGAUAUCUUCGCUGAUGGGAAGGCGGAAUCCAGAGACUACUUGGGUGGCGUCCGCAAGCCCCCAGGUGGCCCGAGCAGCAUUGCCUUGGUUUAACUCGUAUCAUUUUGAUCUGCCAUCUUUUGAUGCCCGUUUGGUUUUGUGCGAGUUCUGUGUUUCGACUUCUGUUGACAAAGAAAAGCCCUUUCAUGUUUGAUUGUGAUCAGGAUUGUGGCUUUUGGACUCUUAAAAUAUGUGAUUUGUGGUAUAUAUACAUAUUUUUAGGAUUUAAUAAUAUCAUAUCAGAAACGGGGGUAUUUUGUUGA